AUGGAGUGUUCUGACUUUGCUGAUCCGCAUGAAUCUGCCUUUGCUGAUCUAGCGUUGGCAACGCUUGCCUGCGAACAGGAAGUGUCUCGUGACUUUGCUGGCCUGGUCAGUCUUGACUGCCUGGCGGGACCUUGCGGCAGCGCCAUUCUCAACCGAGUUGCCCCGCAGUGCUUGCGCGAGGGUGGGUGCAAGCAGGUGCAAUCGGACAUGCAGUGCGAUGCGAGUCUGUGUGACGAUAUCAAGAUCAAGCCGGAAUCUUUAGCCACAAGCCUCGUCUCUCGCGACACACCAAGGGCCGAGCUGGCUUCUCAUCUUAAUUGA